CGCUGACGUCGCCCAUCAGCCUCCCGUCCAGAGCUUCUCAAAGAUCCUCAGCUGCACGACAUGGCCUCGACUGCCGUCAACUACACCUCCGUUAACUUCCUCCGCUGGGCUGCCCUCGGUGUCGGUGUCUGGUACGGCUACAGCCGACAGGAGAGCCUGACCCACUUCGUCAAGGCCCGCAAGGAGGCCAACGAGAAGGCCGAGCACGAUGCCCUCGUUCAGGAGGCUCGCACUGCCUACGAGACCGCCGGCAACAAGUUCCUCGGCGAUCUUGCCCUGAAGGACGGUGUUUACUCUGAUGUCGAGCACUACAAGUUUGAUGCCCAGAAGUGGGUCGACUGGACCUUGAACUACUUCGAGAAGUCUUCUGGAAAGAACUAAGCACCGCAAGAGCGCAAUACACCCAUAAUCUUUGCCUGUUUGCAGACCGUCUGGCGUGAACAGGCUCGAUCGGAAUGAUGGGAGCGGAGUUCUGCUGCGUUCGUGAAGCCGAAACGGGACUCGUUUUUAAGGGCUUUGGGUGGUCUCCGUAUGUGGGGUCGCGCAUGCCCAUCCAAUGCGUCGAACGGCGUCUCAUUCCACGGUGCCUUGAACUAUAUACAUCUGGACUAGAUUGCA